UCACGUUCCAACGCUGGUGGUGGUGUCACGUGACUCCCGACCGGAAACUUGAAACUUGUAAACGAACAAGUCGAGGCAGAAGCAUUUUUUUUUUUUUUGUGGUGGUCAUGUUAUCGUCUUAAAAGACACAACUUAGUAGCACGCUUACAGUUUUUGUUCUGAUAAACGUUUGGAGUCUAGUUCGCGUUUUUACACGCGACUCCGUGUACUGCAGUCGCUAGCCUUGGCGCUAGUUUGCUAACAGCCCCGAUGUCGCAAGAUGGGGAUCCGGCUCUGCCCCUGGUUCGCUCCCUACACAGCCGCAUUCCCAUGAGUCUCGUGUUCUGCAACCGCAGCCCUCGAGUCGUGCGGCCACUGUGGAUUGAUUACCGCGGGGAGCCACGGCCGUACAACGACUUGCAGCCGAGAACGGGACGAAUCAUGAACACCUACGUGGGCCACCCGUGGAUGUUCAAAGAUGUUGAGAGCGACGACCUGUUGAGGGUGAACAACAAAGAGCUGUUCCUUCCCGCUCUGGCAGAUGGUGGAAGUGCUGCAUUUGUAAAUAUUACUCUGCCAGUUUACAGCCUCAAGGAGCGCGCCCUUCAGGUGAUUCGCCGCCUGGUACGGCCCGAGGACUACAGAAGUUUGGAAAUAGCGCGCUGCCUCAUCGAGGAGCUGGAAGACCCGCCCACUUUAUUGAAAAGUCUACGGCGGUUGAAUCAACGCGUAGAGCGCCACCUACUCGACAGAAUCCAGGGCCAAGGGGAGUGAUUUGUAUCGCUCCCGGACUCUUCGACUGUAGCUUAGCAACAAGGCAAGCAGACAAAGACUGAAUUUUUUUCUUUUUCAUCCUUGAAUUGUUCAAACAGCUGCUACAGAAACCUCCACCUUUCAUUAAGACUCAAGAUCCUACUUAAGUAAUUUGUUGCCGUUUGUCAGCUCGAUUUCCUCUCGGCAGGAGGAAUGUGGGCUCUGUUGGUGAUGCUGCAUUUUUUUCAUCGGUCCAUUUUACAUAUGUGCCUUCGUGACAAAUGUGGUGCUUCCCAAGUAGGAUGUACGCUUCAAAAGAUGCUGUGCGAGUCUUGAUCUUCAGAGGUUCUCUCUCACUGAGAACCCGGCACCGGUCAGUCAGUCCGGAUCUUCACAAGCAAGAUGCCAAUCGUUAGAGAUCGACAUCCAAAGACAGAAGCUGUCCUCCCUAACCCAGAAGAGUGACAAACAAGAACUAUGGAACGAAUUUGACCUGUUGUGUACAUUAUAAUUCCAAAUCAAAUUCAGCUCUAAAGCCAAACACAAUCCAUCCCAGGAUGCAGCUAGACCUCUUUUUGUUAAUAUUUCAAAACAAAUCCUCCCAUGGGGAACAAAGACAUCAUUAAACCAUCAUCAGCUCAUUAUGUAUCAACGUCUGCUGGCCUUUUGCCUAAUUAUUUGUGCUAUGCUCCUGUUAACGUUGGAAUAAUUUCCUUUUCCAAUAGUAUGGUUGUCAUUUUCCUCUUUUUUUUUAUUAUUAUCAGUCGGACCCUGCUGUCGCACCAUCAGAGCAAGAUAUUUUGAAAAAAGCCAAAGAAAAAGCAAAACAAGUCAAGCCUUUAUCAUAUGUAAAUUCUGUCGCCCCUGAGGCUGGAAUUCAGUAUUACAACAACAAACUCACUUCAGAGUGGAUUUAUGUGAUGAUUCUACAACAUUCCACAACGUUUUUGUUCUGUUUCGAAGGACAGAAAGUGAGGAAGCAAUACGGAUUCUCCGGAAGACGAAGCUGUUGGAAACGUACGAUUCUUGCUGCGUUUUGUCCAUGCAUUGGUCGGACAGUGCUGCAUUUUUUUAUUUUAUGUCAGGCGCUUUGUUGGUCCUCUGAAAAAGUAGCUUUUGUAUGUUUGUGGCCACUUUUAUUGUUUUUUUUUUUUGUUGACACAGUCAUUAUUGUAUGAUUAUUUUCUGCUCCAGAAAUGCAAAGUCAUUGAGCUUUUCACAAAAAAAACAAAACGCUGCGCUCUUUCCAUUGCUCUGUAAAAGGUGUCAUUUCGAUGGCAUCAUUUCCGCUACGUUAUUUUCGGUGUGCCAUUUGGGAAAUUAAGCAGGCGUUCAGUGAGUAAGUAAAAAAAAAUAUAGACAAAGACGGGAAGAUGUCUGUGGUGCAUUAAUCAGCAUUGUGACAUCUCAAGGGGUGGCUUGAGUCAAAAGGUCUUUAAAAAUGUAUCCCUCAAAAAAUAGUUACAAACUGCAGGUUUAAAUCAGGUGUCUUCAAGUGGUGGACUGCAGUUCGGGUCUGGACCGAGUCAAGGUCUCAGACGGACUGGUGGUCAAUUGCUCUCAAAUAACGAUAUUACAUUGCAUGAACUAGUGUACGUGCAGUAUUACAGUAGCACCUCUUGUGAUCGUGUGACCAGACCAUAAUGAGCCUAUCAAAGCAUCCUCCCGGUUUAGAGACUGUGGAUUUAAAUCCGGGCUCCAGCUUUCUGAUGUGGCGUUUGAAUUUUUCGGUUUUACUUCGGUGACAGGCACGGUGGAUCAACUAGUAAAGCCUUAGCCUCACAGUUCCGAGGUCCCGGAUUCAAUCCCGUGCUCGUCUGUGUGGAGUUUGCAUGUUCUCCAUGUGCCUGCGUGGGUUUCCCCCGGGCACUCCGGUUUCCUCCCACAUCUCAAAACAUGCAACAAUAAUUGGACAAUCUAAAUUGCCCCUAGGUUUGAUUGUGAGUGUGAAUACUGUACUUAUUUGUCUCUAUGUGCCCUGCGAUUGGCUGGCAACCAGUUCAGGGUGUACCCCGCCUCCUGCCCGUUGACAGCUGGGAUAGGCUCCAGUACUCCCCGCGUGCCUCGUGAGGAUAAGCGGUGAAGAAAAAUGGAUGGAUGAUUGUAUAGUGCAUCCUGAAAGUUUGAACAGUGCUUUCCUUUUCCACCAUUUUAUGUUGCAAAAUGGAAUGGGUUCAUGUUUUGUUUUCCAAGCAGAACCCAUACCGGACAGGUACUUGAAAAUUGAUUUCAAACAGCUCUCCAGAGAUAGGAAAAUGGCUCAACACUGUCACCGUCACUGACCCUCAUCAUACAACAUGAUUGAGGUUGAGAGGUGCUGCAAAGAGAAAUGCCCAUUAUUUAAAAAAAAAAUAAGGUUUUAGGCUCUACCUGCUAACAAAUGGCCAUCAAUUAUUAAAGAAGAAAAGGAAAUUAUGUGUGCACUUUCAUACACGAGAUGUCUUAAUUUUGUAUUAUAAAAUUGCUUUUUCAUGUGGUCAUUAUGGGUUAUUGUGUAUUUUUGGGAAAUAUGAGUAUUUUGUAUUAAGGUAGUAACACUGCAUAUAAAAUGUCAACACAC